GAGCCAUUUUUUCUUUAUUCUUCAUUUGGUUAGGACCAAAAAUCCACAAACCCGAACCCGGCUUGCCUGACCCGAAUAUAGAAAUCGGAUCACCCUUUCUUCAGAUUCUCAGAGCCCUUCUUCUUUCUCUCGCUGCUCUGAUACAGUUGCAGAAAACACAACGGUAAUGGAUCAGCAAAAUUCUCAUCAUACUUCCCCUUAUAUUACUAAUAACAAUCCCCUCCAAUUCCCAAUUCAUUAUCCUAACUCAAACUCUAACCCCAAUUCUGCUCCCAAUUUCAAUUCUAUUCCAAACCCUAAUCCCAAUUCCGAUUCAAUCACAAAUCAUUCUCUUCCCUUCUCUACCCCCAGGAAGAAAAGAACAAAGAGUUCCAAUUUUUUGAAUAAAAACCUUAAUUCUGAUGUUGGUAGUAGCUCAAGUGCAAGAACACAAGUUGUUUCUGAUGAGAUUAUUAGCAUAAACAAAGAUUCAACUUCUGAGGCCUUAAUUGCAUUAUCUGCUGGUUUUCCAGCUGACGUGUUAACUGAUGAUGAAAUUGAAGCUGGGGUUGUUUCUGUAGUUGGUGGGAUAGAACAGCUUAAUUACAUUUUAAUCAGAAAUCAUAUUAUUACAAAAUGGCGUGAAAAUGUGUCGCAUUGGGUGACAAAAGAUAUGUUUUUUGAUGUUAUACCUAAACAUUUUUAUGGGUUAUUGGAUUCUGCUUAUAACUAUUUGGUAUCACGUGGGUAUGUUAAUUUUGGGGUUGCGCCGGCCAUUAAGGAGAGGAUUUUAGCUGAGCCAAGUAAGGGUAGAGUGAUUAUUGUCGGGGCAGGACUUGCUGGGUUGACAGCUGCGAGGCAGCUGAUGUCUUUGGGCUUUAAGGUUAUUGUUUUGGAGGGAAGAAAGCGUGCAGGCGGAAGGGUGUAUACGAAAAAGAUGGAAGGAGGGAAUAAGGUGGCAGCUGCUGAUUUAGGAGGGAGUGUUUUGACAGGUACUCUAGGGAAUCCGCUUGGUAUCUUGGCGCGACAGUUAUCGUAUACGCUUCAUAAGGUGAGAGGUGAAUGUCCGCUCUAUCGUGCUGAUGGAAAGCCAGUAGACAAGGAUAUGGAUCAAAAGGUUGAGGCUGCUUAUAACAGGCUUUUGGAUAAGGCAAGCAAGUUCAGGCAAGAGGUUUCUCAGGAUGUUUCUCUUGGAGCGGCAUUGGAGACUUUCCGAGAGGUUUUGGGUGAUGCGGUGAAUGAUGAGGAGAUGAGCUUGUUUAACUGGCAUCUGGCAAAUCUGGAAUAUGCAAAUGCAGGUUUGCUUUCUAAUCUUUCCUUGGCAUUUUGGGACCAAGAUGACAUCUAUGAUAUGGGAGGGGAUCACUGCUUUUUGCCCGGUGGAAAUGGAAGAUUAAUUCAGGCACUGGCUGAAAAUGUGCCUAUUAUUUUUGGAAAAACUGUGCAUUCCAUUCGUUAUGGUAGUGAAGGUGUGCAAGUUGUUGCUGGGGGGCAAGUAUUUGAGGGAGAUAUGGCAUUGUGCACUGUUCCUCUUGGAGUUUUGAAGAGUGGUUCUAUCAAGUUCAUCCCAGAGUUGCCUCAACGGAAGUUGGAUGCAAUAAAAAGAUUGGGGUUUGGAUUGUUAAAUAAGGUUGCAAUGCUUUUCCCAUGUGUGUUUUGGGACACCAAUGUUGAUAUGUUUGGUCAUGUUGUUGAUGAUUCUAGUAGUCGGGGAGAAUUCUUUCUGUUUUUUAGCUACGCAACAGUUGCUGGUGGCCCCUUAUUGUUAGCUUUAGUCGCUGGAGAAGCUGCACACAAGUUUGAGAUCAUGCCCCCUACUGAUGCAGUGACGAAAGUUCUUCAUAUUUUAAGAGGUAUAUAUGAACCACAAGGAAUUGAAGUCCCAGAGCCCAUCCAAACUGUCUGUACAAGAUGGGGUAGUGAUCCGUUCAGCUUCGGUUCCUACUCAAAUGUUGCAGUGGGGGCAUCAGGAGAUGACUAUGACAUUUUAGCAGAAACUGUGGGGGAAGGAAGGCUUUUCUUUGCUGGUGAGGCCACUACUAGGCGCUAUCCAGCCACUAUGCAUGGAGCAUUUCUUACUGGGCUUAGAGAAGCUGCAAACAUGGCCCACCACGCUAGUGUUAGAACAUCACAUUUGAAGGUUGAGAAAAAACCAUCAAAGAAUGCUUAUUCUUAUGCUUCUCUUCUUGAGGAUUUAUUUAGGGAACCAGACUUGGAAUUUGGCAGCUUUUCUGUAAUUUUUGCUGGAAAGCAUUCUGAUGUUAAGUCAGCAGCAAUUUUGAGGGUGACUUUUAAUGGAUCACAAAAGACAAAUCAUGAUGUGACGAGGACUGAGCAACAUCAUUCUAAUAAGUCACUUUUUCAGCAGCUUCAGUCCCAUUUUAAUAACCAGCAAGAGCUUCAUGUUUAUACCCUGUUAUCCAAGAA